GUAUUUCCCCAGCCUGGCCAACGAGGCUGCCAGCGAGCCCCUAACAAACUACAUGGACGUUGAUUAUUAUGGAACCAUCUCAACUGGUACGCCCGCUCAAGAUUUCACUGUCAUUUUCGACACCGGUUCCUCCAACUUGUGGGUGCCCUCCGUCUAUUGCUCCAGCACAGCCUGCUGUUGGAGGCAUUGUGGACACCAACCAGAUCUUUGGUCUGAGUGAAACUGAGCCCGGCUCCACCUUUUACUACGCCCCCUUUGACGGGAUCCUGGGUCUGGCCUUCCCCAGUAUCGCCUCUUCUGGAGCCACCCCCGUCUUUGACAACAUGAUGAAUGAGGGUUUGGUUUCCCAGGACCUCUUCUCUGUCUACCUGAGCUCCAAUGGCCAGCCUGGGAGCUUUGUGAUGUUCGGCGGCAUCGACUCAUCUUACUACUCUGGGAGCCUGAACUGGAUCCCUCUCUCCUCCAAGACUUACUGGGAAAUCACCAUGGACAGGGUCCCCCUGAAGAAGGGGAAAUCCCUGAGGCAGAACCUUAAGGACCAUGGCUUGCUGGAGGAUUUCCUGAAGAAACACCCUCGUAACCCGGCCUCCAAGUAUUUCCCCAGCCUGGCCAACGAGGCUGCCAGCGAGCCCCUAACAAACUACAUGGACGUUGAUUAUUAUGGAACCAUCUCAAUUGGUACGCCCGCUCAGGAUUUCACUGUCAUUUUCGACACCGGUUCCUCCAACCUGUGGGUGCCCUCCGUGUACUGCUCCAGCACAGCCUGCUCAAACCACAACAAAUUCAAUCCAUCAGACUCCUCCACCUACGAGGCCACCAGCCAGAACCUCUCCAUCCAGUAUGGCACCGGCAGCAUGACUGGAAUCCUGGGCUAUGACACCGUCCGGGUUGGAGGCAUUGUGGACACCAACCAGAUCUUUGGUCUGAGUGAAACUGAGCCCGGCUCCACCUUUUACUACGCCCCCUUUGACGGGAUCCUGGGUCUGGCCUUCCCCAGUAUCGCCUCUUCUGGAGCCACCCCCGUCUUUGACAACAUAAUGAAUGAGGGUUUGGUGUCCCAGGACCUCUUCUCCGUCUACCUGAGCUCCAAUGAACAGACAGGGAGCUUCGUGAUGUUCGGCGGCAUCGACUCAUCUUACUACUCUGGGAGCCUGAACUGGAUCCCUCUCUACUCUGAGACUUACUGGGAAAUCACCAUGGACAGUGUCACCAUGAACGGAGAGACCAUCGCUUGCUCUGGUGGCUGCCAGGCUAUCAUUGACACUGGCACUUCUCUGCUGGCUGGGCCCUCUACUGGCAUCUCCAGCAUCAACUCCUACAUUGGUGCCAGCGAUGGCACGAUCAGCUGCAGUGCCAUGAGCAGCCUGCCCAACAUCGUCUUCACCAUCAACGGCAUCGAGUUCCCUGUGCCCGCCAGUGCCUACAUCAUUGAUGAGUCAGGCUCUUGUACCUCCGGCUUUGAAAGCAUCGACGUCGGAGGGCUCUGGAUCCUCGGAGACGUCUUCAUCCGCCAGUACUACGUUGUCUUCGACAGGGCCAACAACCAGGUGGCCCUGGCCUCUGUGGCAUGAACACAGCGCCAUCCCUGGGACACUCGCAUGGAACACUGACCCUGGAGAGUCUCCGUUCCUCUAGAGUCCCAACACCGCGUAUCGAUCUAGUGACCCUCCACCCCACACUCACCCGAUAUCCUGUAAUCUUA